AUUGAAUUUUUGGUGGGGCCUUAAGCCAAGGAGUCAACAUUCAUCGAUGACCUACAUUAUUUUAUUUGGCCUUUUUGUUCAUUCCCUUAAAAUAAAUUCUUAAGAGGGGAUCAUCCACUACAAAACCCCUAAUCCCCCUCUUCGCUCUCAGCUUUUUGAUACUUUUAUUCUAUUUUAUUUUUUAUUUUCUCAUCAAAGAUCGAUAACACAGGGAAAGAAGGAGAAGAGGAAAGAGGCUUGGGAAACUUGGGAAGCAAAUGAGGCGUCAGCCACCCAUUUCCUGAUGAAAUCAUGAAUUUAUUUACAGAACUUGUAUUUCUUUUCUCCUAUGUAAUCUCCAUCCUAAGAAUCUCCACGGCAGUUGACAGCAUUACUGCAAAUCAACAUAUUAAAGAUGGGGAGACCAUCAUUUCAGCUGGUGGGAACUUCGAAUUAGGUUUUGUCCACCUGGGUACUUCAAAGAAUCAAUACUUGGGGAUAUGGUACAAGAAAGUGACUCCUAGGACAGUGGUAUGGGUUGCCAACAGAGAACUCCCAGUCACUGAUUCAUCCGGAGUUUUAAAGGUCACCGACCAGGGAAGUCUUGUGAUUCUUAAUGGGUCCAAUGGACUCAUCUGGUCUUCUAAUUCAUCGCGGUCGGCAAGGAAUCCAACUGCCCAACUUUUGGAUUCUGGGAAUCUUGUCAUAAAAAGUGGAAAUGAUAGUGAUCCAGAUAAUUUCCUAUGGCAGAGCUUUGAUUACCCAGGCGAUACUCUUUUACCAGGCAUGAAGCAUGGAAGGAACACGGUGACAGGCCUGGAUCGGUACCUAUCAUCAUGGAAGAGCAACGACGACCCUUCUAAAGGUGAUUUUACAUAUGGGCUUGAUCCUAGUGGAUGUCCACAACUAUUUCUGAGGAGCGGCUCAACUGUGAUUUUCCGGUCUGGGCCAUGGAAUGGUAUUCGAUUUAAUGGGUUUCCUGAAUUGAGGCCAAACCCAGUUUUUAAUUAUUCUUUUGUUUUCAAUGAGAAGGAGAUGUACUUUACCUAUAAGCUUGUUAAUAGCUCAGUUCUUUCCAGGCUGGUGUUAAAUCCUAAUGGAAACGUACAGCGUUUGAUAUGGAUUGGUCGAACCAAGAGUUGGAAUGUCUACUCAACCGCAUAUAAGGAUGACUGUGACAGCUACGCAUUAUGCGGAGCGUACAGCACCUGUAACAUACACCGAUCUCCAAGAUGUGGAUGUAUGAAAGGAUUUGUACCAAAGUUCCCAUACCAAUGGGACACGAUGGAUUGGUCAAAUGGGUGUGUACGAAAAACUUCACUGGAUUGUCAGAAAGGUGAUGGGUUUGUAAAGUGCUCUGGUGUCAAACUUCCAGACACUAGAAACUCCUGGUUUAAUGAAAGCAUGAACCUCAAGGAAUGUGCAUCCCUGUGCUUGAGGAACUGCUCUUGCUCUGCUUAUACAAAUUCAGAUAUCAAAGGAGGAGGAAGUGGAUGCUUGCUCUGGUUUGGUGAUUUGAUUGAUGUCAAGGAGUUCACUGAAAAUGGGCAAGAUUUCUACAUAAGGAUGGCUGCAUCAGAAUUAGAUGCCAUUUCAAAAGUGACGAAGAGAAGGUGGGUCAUUGUCAGCACUGUGUCAAUCGCGGGAAUGAUUCUCUUAAGCCUAGUUGUGACCUUGUAUCUUCUGAAGAAGAGGCUAAAGAGAAAAGGGACAACAGAACUCAAUAAUGAAGGAGCUGAAACCAAUGAAAGACAAGAGGAUCUAGAGUUACCAUUAUUUGAUUUGGAUACAAUUUUGAAUGCUACCCAUAACUUUUCAAGAAACAAUAAGCUUGGAGAGGGUGGUUUUGGACCUGUCUACAAGGGUAUGUUGCAAGAUGGAAAAGAGAUAGCUGUGAAGAGGCUGUCAAAGGAAUCUAAUCAAGGACUUGAUGAGUUUAAAAAUGAAGUUAUAUACAUUUCCAAACUUCAGCACCGAAAUCUUGUGAAGCUUCUAGGAUGCUGCAUUCAUGGGGAAGAAAAGAUGUUGAUCUACGAAUACAUGCCCAACAAAAGCUUGAAUUUCUUCAUUUUUGAUGGAAUACAAAGCAUGGUACUAGAUUGGCCUAAGCGCUUUGUCAUUAUCAAUGGUAUUGCUCGUGGGCUUCUUUAUCUUCAUCAGGACUCAAGGCUCAGAAUAAUCCACAGGGAUCUUAAAGCAGAUAAUGUUUUACUUGAUAAUGAGAUGAACCCACGAAUUUCAGACUUUGGCAUGGCUAGAAGUUUUGGAGGAAAUGAAACUCAAGCAAGAACAAAACGAGUAGUUGGAACAUAUGGUUACAUGUCUCCAGAAUAUGCCAUUGAUGGAGUGUACUCAGUAAAAUCAGAUGUUUUUAGCUUUGGGGUUUUGCUGCUAGAGAUUAUUAGUGGGAAGAGAAACAGAGGAUUUAACCACCCAGACCAUGACCUUAAUCUUCUUGGGCAUGCAUGGACACUCUAUAUGGAACGUACACCUUUGGAACUGAUUGAUGCAUCUGUGGGUGACACGUACAAUCAAUCUGAAGUGCUACGUGCACUCAAUGUGGGACUAUUAUGUGUGCAACGUCAUCCAGAUGAUCGACCAAACAUGUCUUCUGUGGUUCUGAUGUUGAGUAGUGAGGGUGCAUUACGUCAACCUAAAGAGCCUGGUUUUUUCACUGAAAGGAAUAUGCUGGAAGCAGAUUCUUUACAAUGCAAGCAUGCAGUUUUUUCUGGCAAUGAACACACCAUUACAAUAUUAGAGGGUCGAUAGAAGGCAUUUCAUGUUGACUUUUUCUGUCUUGUUGAGGUGGUUGAUUAUUCAUGAAAGCAGUGAUGGUAGUUCAGUACUGAUCAAAGAUGGGUGAUGCAAUUAAUAGCAGUCUUCCCAAUGACCUAUCAUUCAUGUCACUAGCUUCUCCAAGUUUAUUCAGCCAGGUUAUGUAGUUUGGCCAGUCUUUACCAGUCCCACUUGUACAUGGAACGAAAGCCAAUUUUCUUUGUUUAAGUUCAAUAAUAGAAGCUGCACAACAUAAAAUUUCCCAAUACACAAUUGAAUAGAUAUAUUCUUUUUUCAGAUA